GCCUUCACGUCACCAUGGGUUUCGAGGAUAUGGCGCAGCGGAUCAUGACCGGUUAAAACGAGCAUUGUUGCAACCGGUUCAAUCUUGGGAAAGGAAGUGGCAAUACCCUUCUAAUGGGAAAAAUUUCAAAGUGAUGAAAUGGGUUAAAGCCGAUAGGAAGAUCAGUUUUAUUGAUGAUGACGACGAUGAGGUCGGAAACGUGGCAACACCAACUCGCCUUCCGAUUGUUGAGGAUACUCCAACUCCAACAGCAUCGAUACAACCGCCCACGGAAGCAUCAACGCCUCAACCAUCGGAGACGGAACCUGACACCGCAAGUUUCUUGAGACCGCUACCGCACCUAUCAUCAAUACCCAAAUCGUCAUCGUUACUUCGCGAGGCCUCUCUUACAUCAGCGGUUAGCACGCCCGGAGAAACGAUUACCACCAACAACAAUAACACGCCACGCGAUGUAGAAUCAUCCCUAGGGAACAGCCCGGAGAUGGAAGGGUUGGAUGAUGACGAAGAGCAGAUGGAUGACGUUAUCACGUCUCAAUCGAUUCCCCAAAAGAACAAAGUUAAUAAUUUGGAAUUCAAUGUAGAAUUAAAGCAAGUUAAUGAAAAUAUUGAUUUAUUUAAAAAACAAUCAACGAGCGUCGUAUUUAGCAAAAAUCAAGAUGAAUACAUAGUUCGAGAGAAACCGAGUAAUUAUGAUGAAGCCGAUGAAUAUGGUAAUCAAGAUGAAGAUGAUUAUGGUGUAAGAACCGGUGAAUACGUGAAUAGAAUUAGUGAAUUUGAUACCAGGAAUAGUGAGUUUGAUGGUAAUACAGGUGAAUAUGGCAGUAACGAAUAUUUAGGCAGGACAGGUGAAUAUGGAGUUCAAAAUGAUGAUUAUGGGGAACCUUUAAGUGAUUUUGAUGAUCAACCCAACGAUUAUGUUGGAUACGAUGACCAACAAGUUGGUAUACAGAGUCAAAUAAGUGAGUUUCCUGAACCACAAAAUCCUUAUCAAGAACAGAAAGUGAAUGAAUUCACCGAACUCAACGAAGCAAAGAACACACAAGAUGACGAUAUUGAACAAGGUCAAUUUAACAUAGAUACAUUUGGACAAAAUAUUCAGGAUGCGUCUAUUUAA